UUAUUCAACAGAAACAGCACGCGACUGUUUACAGCUAACGAGCGUCUCGUUAUUAAAUGCUCAGAACCCUCAUAAAUCAGCUGUUCGCAUAUUAAAAUAUUAUAAUCCACCCGCUAGAACACUUAACGUGGAUUUUGAAGAAAUGAAUGCGACCGCGGAACUAGAAAUGAAAAGCAAAUCCAUUGUAGAUGAUGCGCACGACAAAGUCACGCCAAGACAAGGGGGCGUGUCUGUAAGAAGAAGACCUGCAGAUCCCAGAUGUAACGUUAGGAGCGUCAAUUCAGGUUUUAAAUCUCCUGUCCAGAAGCCUAGUAUGGUGAAAUCUCCCUUGUGCCCUGAAGAAGAAGUCAAAGAGCUCAAGAAAACACUUGAUCGGCUGGAUUCAGAGAUCGCCUUGUUGGAAAAAGAAGGAUUUGUUGUACAAGAGCUGGAUCAGCACAUAGACCUGCUGCACGAAUACAAUGACAUCAAAGACAUCGGACAAACUUUACUGGGCACAUUAGCUGGCCUGCGUGGAGUGACCACACGAGACUUGUACAGUCACUUUGGCCUUGAGUUGGAAGACUGACUGAGCUUCAUGAGAGGAGAUGGAAUAACUGGAAGGCUUCAUAAUACUGUUUGUUUUUGUUUAUUGCAAAUACACCCGUUAGUAUUGUUUUCUUCAUGCUCUUGUGCUGAAUGAGUAAAAUUAAGAAGUUUCAGUGAAAUGAACAUGCUUAACUCUGGCAAACUAAUUCCAUGAUAGAUUUAAAGCUUCAAAGAAAUGGAAAUGCUUCUGUCAAUAUUGUGAGAAGAAUUGCCUCAAUGUUUAUCUCUGCACACGGUUUUCCUCACAUUGUGUUUGCACCAAAUGUGAGGUGUUAUUGUGCAUGAGAGAGAUUGUCAUCCAAUUCUGGUGAAUUAAAGGACUAGUUCACGCAAAAAUUACAUUUGUCAUCAUUUACAGUUUCAAACCUGUAGGCCUUUCUUUCU